AUGUCCUCCCUUCAGUACUACUCGUACCAAGGUGUCGGUGAACGCAAUUUGGAGCAGCACGGUUACAGCCAGGCAGUUCGAAUCGGAGAUCGCAUUGAAUGUGCAGGCCAAGGUGGAUGGAAUCGUGAGACGGGCGAGUUCUUACUCGAGAUCAACGCCCAGAUCGAUCAGGCCUUUGAAAACGUUGACCAUAAUCUCAAAGAUGCAGGCGGGAAGGGCUGGUCACAGGUUUUCCGCGUCAACUCUUACCAUGUUCCAAUCAAUAACGAAGCGAUGGCGGCAAUGACGCGAAACUUCAAGAAGUGGAUGCCCUUUCACAGCCCAAUUUGGACAUGCGUAGGAGUCUCGAGGCUUGGGGAAGAUGACAUGCGUGUUGAGAUCGAGGUCACGGCGUAUGACCCACAAACUGAGAAUCGCACUGGAGCUUAG